CUCCAGGCUACUGUGUAAUAUGUCUACGAUACGAAUGUAAGCUAUUCUUGGACGAACAAUUUUUUUUUAGUGGCGCUCGUGGCGAUUGCCACUACCUAGCAGUACGUAGAGUUACUUGCUUACUAUGGCGGCCGAAGUAAAGGUGUUUCAUCUCAUUUCAUCAAUACAGACGUAAUCGUGUCCCUCAUAUAAUUUCACACGUCGCAAGCAAACACGAUGGCCACAAACCGAGUUGCGAAACGGCGGGUAGUGGCAGAUGUGAUCGAAGAGGAUUCUGACGAUUCUGAUGGUCCGGGCGUGGUGCUUGGCGGAGGGGGAGGCAGCAAGGCUCACGAAUUCGGAAAACCUAUUUUCCCUGAUGUCGACGAACGAGUGAAGCAGGUACUUACAAGGCUUGCACACUUAUAUUUCUUGUUGUACUAGCCGUAGCAUUAGUCCGGAAGCGAGUCAUCAUACAAUAACUUCAUAACAUCUUCAGUAGGCGCAUUGAAUUCUUUUGAACAACUUGGGAGCCACCGAAAUAGCAUGCAAAGAAAUGCUCAUUGUCAGCAAGUGAAUCAUGUGAAAUCUUUCAGAACGAAGCGAAGCGUGAGGCGGUGAGACGUGGCGAAGCGCCCAGCGUGCACGAUGUGCUGUUUUCCGACGGCACGAAGCUCGGCAAAGACGCCGCAGCGCCGCAGUUGGGAGCCUCUCUGGCCGGAACUGCGUCGCUUGAACAGAAGGGCCUGGCAUUCGCCCGUCGGCGGGAGGAGGAGAAGCUGGACCUGUAUCACGAAACCUAUGACGCAGCGACGGGGCUGCUCCGGCUGCCUGAAUUCAUCGACAAAGCAGAGUUGGAACGGGCAGGGAGCACCCCUUUCAAAGCAGACGAAGACCGCAGCGUUUUCGUUUCCAUCGCAUCUCGGGAGGAAAAGGAAAAGAAACUGCAGCAGAUUCUGCUGGCUGCGGAGCGUCACGAGGCCGGAGUGUCGGGUAAGUCUCGAUCUUUCCCCUCGCUUUCGUCCAACCAAGACGCGUCCUUCGCGUCUGGUGCAGCGGUGUCAGAGCUGCGACAGCCCACGCGGAGAGAAGGGCGAGAGUUGAGCGAGCUAAAAGAUCUUCUGUCGGACGCUGCGAAAAGUUUCGCCUAUUGAGAGGAAAAAUCCCCCCUCCCCAUAUCGAAAAGGUAUCUUUCCGAAAAUUUGCGCUGCUGAUUUGAGGUCACAAAUCACAUUUGUCUAGCAAGAAGACAAGGGCAGAAGCUUCCGCCCCAUUAUGGGAGCGAUUUGUCAUGCUGCUGGGCCUAAAGGUCAGCCGUUUGCAAUGCUGAACAAGUAGACCCAUACGCCCCUACCUAGCCUGGGGAUCUGACCGCAAUGCCUUCCUGCAAUACAAAUCUCAUUUGUGUGCGCAAAUCCAGCAUCACAGGUUUCCUUUUUGAUAUGGGGAGGGGGGGAUUUUUCCUUUUCAUAUCGCCGUCGACCACCUCACAGAGGCCGAGGUGUCGCACAUCCGGAGCGAGAUUGUGCACGAGCUGCAAGCGGAACGGUAUCGCCGGCAGCGGGAGGAAAAAGCGAAUGCGAAAACGGAGCAUCUUGCAGGAGACGUUGCGCUCGCGAAGAACCGCGCCAGCAAGUACGAUGCAGAAAAACCGGACUCAGCAUCGACGGACACAGAGCUUGUUGAGCGCAGGAAGCAGAAACUCCGUGCGGUUUUUGAAAAAGUGUUGAACAGUGGACGCACUAAAGGUGGUACGGAAAAAAACUAUGGCGCUGUACAACAAGAAGAUACUGCUAGUGCUGGUUGGCUCAAAAAAAACGAGAAGAAGAUUUUCGCAGAGGGACAAACUGGCCCCGGGGGCGCGCCAUCGGACACUGAGGCAGAAAACUACCACCUAUCCGGAGCUUCCACGACAGUGCAAGAUCCGUAUGUGGCUCACGAAGUGGCGCUUCGGGAGUUGCUGCUCCACCACAUUCACCGUACGGCCCGGGGAAAGGGGUCGGCUGCAAAAUCCGAUAGUAGCGCAUCCGAGCUUUUGCCUAUUCCGGACGAGUACCUACAUGCAUUGCUGUAUCCAGAAAAGCAGUCGUACGCUGAGGUCCGGGCCCAGCUCGAAGCAGUCUGCGAAGCAAUUGCUUCCCCUCCUGCUGCCGCGCCAGCAGCUUCAUCAACCGACGACGGGGAACGAGACUACGGGCAGGCGUUAGUCGAGAAAGUUCUGCGGACACGGAACCGGUGCCGCAACGGCAGCGGAGUAGGUCCCACGAGCCACGAAAUCAAUGCCAGUUCAUCGACUACAUUCGCACCCAGCCCCCAAACGACCCCACCGACCUCCGCUGCUUUGGCCGUGACGGCCGAAGGGGAUCCGGACUGGACGAUCUGCUACGAGAACCACAGGCUGGUUGGCCUGCACCAGCACGACCCGGUGUGGCUGGAACCGGUGGAAAAGGACAUCCGCGUGCUAAAAAUCUUCGCCUCGAAGAUACUUACCGUGUUUGUGUACCGUGCUGCGAAGUUUAACGUUUACAGUGUGGAGGAGAGUGACGGCUUCAUUUAUUUCCAAGUGUUCCACACCCAGACCGGGUUACCGAUCGCGCUGAAGACCGUGCUGCCCGAGUUCUACGGAAAUCGUCUGCAGAACAGCGAAAGCGCUGGUGUGCCGUUCGGACAGGAACAGGUCCAGGUGUCCGCGUGCGAGAAACGGUUCAUGAUCCUGACGACCGGCGGGUUUGUGUAUUGCUGGAACUACAACGGGCUGCAAAUGCCGGAGGAAGCGGUGGAUCCGAAGGAGACGCUGAAAACGGGAAAAAAUCAAGCCAGAAGUAGAAACCAAGCUGCGCCGCCUCCAGAACCGAUCACGCUGCAUUUUCAAACGAAUGUAAGAAGUUUGCUGAGCAAAGCCGGGGUUGUCGAGGAUGUAGUCGCGCAGAGUACAACAACCGGUAGUUCCCCAGGCGGCCACGCAACAGUUCGCCUUGGCUUUUCGCGGCUUCCAGCCUGCACACCGUUUCUUUUAGUGGGAAAACAGCAUCUUUCUUGGAACGCCGCAGCGGGCACGUUUGUAACGGCAAGUUGCAGUAGCGAGACAGAGCUGAAUUUCUUCCGAGGUCGUGGGAACAGCACAGCCGGAGAAUCACUGGGAAGUUCUUCUUCCGAAGAGUUUGCCACGUUACUGAACGCCGUGACCCAGCAAGACAAGCGACGAGCGAAUGCGGCAUUGGAGAGAAUUAUCCGCAAGAUGGUGUUGUUAGAAGUAUCUUCCGCAAAAAAUACAGCAACGAGUACGUUUCCAACAGCUGCUGAAAAAAAUGCAUCUGCAGCUGCUGGACAUCAGCACGGAAACGUUCGCAGAAAGCCAGCUGACCCAGCAGAGACGAGACUGUUUCAGGAGUUCAAAGCAUUUUGCGUGAGCCUACAAACCUUUGCCGUGACCAGGAGAGAUCCUGCGUCGUCGCCCGCUUUGUUCGCUCUUAAACCGGUUGGGAGUACUAGGGGCAAGGCAGCACCACUGACUCCAGCCCAAAAGCGACAAAAAGCGACUGUCCGCUUUGCCGAGAAGCUGUACCGCCAGCCGGGCAGCGCGCUUCUGUGGCACUGGAUCUUACCCCUCUGGCGACAGUUACUCGAUAAGGAACAGAACAGCGAUUUAGCGCAUAAGAAGGCAGGCAACGGCGGUGCGACAACUUCGAAAGCAGCACAACCCACUUGCCCGUACUAUUCGGACGUGCUGGAGGGCGUUCUGGUGGCAAUAGACGAGACUGCCGACAACAGUCGCUUGGGUCGGACGAUUGCAAUUCCGCCUGGGAGCGCGGAAUGGAUGCAGAGCCUGCUGGUCACGGAUGCAGAUGAAAAAAGUCGACUCUUUGGUGGAUAAGGAACUUGAUUUCGACAAAAUUUCUUCACUCGUAAUACCUUCACGAUCACGACAGUAGAAGCGACCGCGACUCACGACUAGCAUUUGUACAUAGAAGUACUCAAAACCGACGGAGCAGUGUCCUUUUGCUGGUCGUCGCAACAUCCUUUUUUUGUUCGCG